AGGCAUUGGUUCAAUAGUUUCUUUAGUAAUGUAGAUAUUACAUAUAAAUAAUUAAUUAAAUUAGAAUAGUUCAACAUGGAUCUAUCUAAAUAUGCCGCACUCUCGGAUUUCUUAUCCAAUUCUUGGUCAGAUGUUGUUUCUGGAUUUUGGAAGAAAUACCCCAACCCAUACAGCACCCAUGUACUAACUGAAGAUGUGUUGGAGCGAAAGCUUUUAGCGAACGGCCGAUUAUACACACGUCGCUUGCUUAGCAAAACAAACCCCCUUCCAGCAUGGGGUAGUAUGGUGUUUAAAUCCAACAUGAAAAGUAUGGUUCACAUUGUUGAAGAAUCUGUUGUGGAUCCAGCUGAACAGAAAAUGACAGUCUACACAUGGAAUACCUCUUAUGUUAACAUGAUGGAUGUUCAGGAGAGACUGACAAUUGCUCCCACAUCUGAUCCAAGUGUAACAGAAGUGAGGAGGGAGGGAUGGGUCGAUUCUUCCCUCACAGGUUUUCGACGUGUCCUCCGUCAGUUUGGCAUUACCAGGUGGCGAUCUAAUGCAAAGAAGGCUUUCCUUGGUUACCAAACCGUGAUGAAUGGUGCAGGGGAUUCAAGCAACAGGCAUAUUAAGGAGAGGGCAAUGGAUUCGAUAAAAGAAGCAAAGGACAAAGCCAAACUUAAAGCAAUUAACAUCGCCUCAAUGACAAAGAUUGUUACUGAUAAGUCAUUGUGAUUUUGCGUUCCAAUGUAAUUCCUAAAAAAUUCAAGCGUAUCUAUUAUAUUGUACUUUUUAAUACUUGACCAAAAAUGUCAAUAAAAAUGAAUCUUCUUUUGUGAAA